UACUUCAUGUUCUUUCUUUUGUGAGAACCCUCGGGGUCCUGUCGGUAGUCUUUGAUCUUUCCGUUCGUAGUGCUUUGAAGGCGAAGUCUUGUUUACAUUUGGGAAAAAAGGAGCGCUGUACCAUGUCUGUAUAAAACGACCCGAUUGCGGGAUCGAGACGUCAGUUUUUAGAGAAACUUUCUGUCGACACUUUUGAUAAGACUCAGUUAGGUCAACGAGUUCCCGUUUUAUAUUCUUUUCCCCUCCCUUUUCUUAAGCGAACUGUUUUAUGAUUUCAACAGCUUUCUCGCUGAAGAAUAACUGAUUUUUUAAUUUCGUUUUUUCAGCAUUUGCUAACGCCUGUGAUAAGAUUUUCUAGCCAAAAAUUCACACUCAAAUUUCGAUUUCCUUUUGCCCCUACCAAAGGUAUUCUUCAACUGUUUCUUGCUUUUAUUACAUUUCUGUCACAUUUAACUGAAACAGAGAGAUGUCUUUGUUUUUGGUAAUGUCUCUCCUUUGUAGCAUUUGCAUGCUUUCCAAUAGUAGACAAAUACGCGAUACCGAUUCCAUAUAUUUGUAUUAUCGUACGGAUCUCUGGGCGGAGGAGGCUUUCUGGUUCAUCAGCAAUCUGACAUGUAGCAAUACCUUGCUGACCACUGAAGAAGACUGCGAGAAACUGCUCUCCAUCCCGAAAUCAGAGAUGAACUUCUAUGUUGCUGAACCCACACCGGAAGGAAAACUGUUCGCUGUAUUACCGGACGGUCUUUUGACGAAUCGCUUGGAACCUCGUGAUGCUGUUCUGGUGGUGGAUCCCUACCCGAAAGCCAAUCUAGGCCACCUCCUUGUAGUAUUCUUUGUCGAUUAUGGAUGGUCUGAAUCGCAAUGCAAAGAAAACAACGGAAAAUAUUUGGAUGACAGUUCCUGCAUUUCUUUGGCUGUUCGCAGACAUUGUCUACCACGAACCAUGAAAUCCAUCUGGGGAAUGAAGCUGCCAAAUAUAUACCGUUAUAAGGAAUGUGAAAUCAACUUCUUUCCUCUCGUUCAUCUGCCAGGAGAAUCUCCAUCCCGAAAAGCGCAAAGGCUGGAAUGCCGAGAUAAUUUCCAAGGUUUUGCCCCUUGUCCUACUCUUCGACCAAAACAUCUUUCAGAGAAAUUGUCCUGUGAUCCCAUUGAGAGUAAUACAUAUGCUUGCAGUAAUACUGGUGAGGGAGCGAAAACUCGUUGUCGUAUGCUGGAGAGCUGUGAUCAAGCUGUUUUAAUAGCUGGUGGUUGGGACAGAUUGUCGGAUAAACCCAUUUACUUGCAGAAUGUUCUCACAUUCUAUCAGAUGCUCAGAAAUAACGGUUUCUUGCCAAGGAAUAUCAAGACGUUUUACUCUACAGGAAAUAAAGAAAUUGAUGAGAAUGAAGAGAUUUGGCAAGAAACGUAUCCAGUUACUUUGAAACUGGCACUUCGAUAUCAUAUAGAAACGAUUUGCCAGACAAUGCAUUGUGCCGAUUCAUUGGUCCUCUACCUGAGUAGUCCAACCCAAAAAGAUGGAUCAAUACUGCUAUGGGAUGCAAAUGGCAAUGGACAGGCCGAAAGAAACGAAGUAUAUACAAUGAAGGAGAUGCUUUAUGACAUCAAGGGAUGUGCCGCACAACGGGUGUACAUAAUUGCUGAUCAGAGUUACUCUGGGAUGCUCGUUCAUGCCUUGGAACAUUCUCAGGAGAGUUACGACAACGUCAUCGCUUUCGCCAGUGGAGAAGAACAUGAGUAUUCUCGGGAGGGAGAAUAUACGAAAUAUUGGGCGAACUACUUGCAAAAAUCAAAUUGCAUGAGGAAUACUUAUGAGAUUUUGCAGACAAGCAUGACUUCAUCUACUCCUACUUCAUUCCAAGGUUCUAAUGGUUCCAUGAACACAACUCUUUACGGAGCGCCGUGCAAUUUUCAGUUUACUGAGCGGGAACUCCAAAGAGAAUAUUUCGGGUGUCAAAACCUUCCAGCAUCUGUGUGGCUUAGAAGAACCAGAUAUAUAUCAAGUGAGGAAGAGGAAUAAGAAUUAUUUUGUGUGAAAAAGCCUUAUGUAAAUAAGUAUAUAGACAUGUGUAUAUAGACGUAUGUAGAUACGUUGAGUUUUAUUCUGAAGAUUUGUGUAUAAAAGAUAAACAAGAAACCUGAAAGAAAUUUGUUCUCUGAGGUAUAGAACUGAAUUCUUAUGGAAUUAGCUAAAAGUUUGUAAUAUAUAUAAAACUUCUCUAUGAAUGCGUGAAAAGUAUUCUUGCUUAUGACCUUGAAUUUUGAUUUUAUUUACCUUUAUUUAUCUUCACCUCGAAAUUGGCUGCAUAUAUUAAACGUACACAGGAUUGGGCGUUAUAAGUAAUACAUUUUUUAAUUUAGAGAGAGAAAUUAUUGUGUUUCGGAAGCUGUAGACGCUGGAGGAUAACAGAAGAUUUUCAGGUAAUUGUAUAAAACGAACUUUCAACAAAUCUAAAGCAUAAUUGAUUUCUGCUCCCAGCGAAUGGCAUGGACUUUUACCAACCACGUAACAAGACCAUCCUAUUGACUACUUUCCGUUGCCCAUUAACAACAUGUGAAUAAUUCGUAAUAGAUUUUUUAAAAUGAACAUUUAGAGAAAGAUUAGGUUAAAUAUUCAAGAAUGUAAAUUUUAUGAUAGAAGUUUUGGGGGUUUUUAUAUGAUUAGUAUUAAGCACCAGUUUGUAAAUAUACUCGUUUAAUAAAUUAAAAUAUAUACAUAGCGUUAGAUUGACAUUAAUCUGAGUGGUGAACAGUGUGUGUACACAAACUUGUAAAAACAGAUGGGAAGAAUUCUUUUUUGCAGUCCCGCAGAGGCGAAAUUCUUAGCACCCAUGCGCUAGAAGGAAAAAUCAGUCCCGCGGAGUCGAGAUUCUUAGCGCGCUAUGUGCUAGAAGGAGAAAAUCAGAACGUGACGUCAGGGUCGAUUUUGCAGAAAUGUGGGGGAAAGGUAAAACGCCAUACCAUCUCCCUUCUUGGAACAAAUUACAUUAAAAAAUCUGUAAAAGAGAGAAAAACAAAUUGAACAAAUCAUUUUUGAAAGUGAACAUCAAGUCCGGGUCAUCAGUUUGGGGUUGUUACAUGAUUAUUAAACACCAGUUUGUAAAGAAUAAAUUCUUUUAAUAAAUCAGAAUAUAUACAUAGCGUUAGAAUUGCAUUCAUCCGAGCGGUGAGCACAGUGUGUACACGAACUUGCAAAAACAGAAGAGAAUAGUUCUUUUUUGCAGAACCACAGAGUCAAGAUUCUUAGUGCGCAUGAGCUAGAAGGAGAAAAUAGGAAGUGACAACGUUGAUGUUGAAGAAAUUUUGGAGAAACUGUAAAACCCCAACAACCAUUACGGAAUCAUGGUCAGAAAAAAAAAAAAAACGCAAAGCUAUAAAAUUUUACUUUUCUAAUCCUGAAAACCUAAAAUCUCAAAUGGAGGUACAAUCUGUUGUUAUGCAAUGCAUUUUGGUAGAUUUUUUUAAAUUAUUUUAAAUGUAUGCAUAAUAUCAUUUUAGAGUUUUUAUACCUGACAUUUUUUAACAUAAAAACAUAUUCAAGCUUGGUAAAUGUAAUUACGUUUAGAAACUUAUUUUGUAUAAAGCAGAUUUUAUUAUUCCUAAAAAAAUAUUAUUUCAAUAUUUUUUUAGAUAGUUUUAUUUAAGCCUUAAAUUUAUUUAUUACAGAGUCUGUUUCAUUGGUACAAUUUUUAUAAUCUUAUGUGUCACUUAACAUAGCUAGAAAUUGUUUGCUGUGAUAUUAUUUCGAUUCUCAUAUUUAUAUAUUUUUAAAACAGUAUGCAAAUGACUGAGUAUCUUAAUUGUAUGGAAACUGGAUAUUUUUUUAAUUAAAGAGAAUAAAUAUUUUUUCCAGAAUCAUG